AUGGAAGAUAUCGGCGUCAAAUCUCCCACCGAUCAUGUCGAGGGCAAAGUCGACUUGGGCGACGUAAAGAACGACAAAGCAAACCAAGUCCUGAGCGAAGCAGCAGGACAACGCAUCGUCCUCACACCCGAGAACAACUCGAGAGUCCUGAGAAAGAUCGAUUUAUGCAUACUCCCAGUGGUCCUGGGGAUCUAUUUCCUGCAGGCCUUGGACAAGGCAACAUUGGCAUACGCUUCAGUGUUCGGCCUCGUGGAUGACACCAAUCUCGUGGGACAUGAAUACUCCUGGCUGGGCGCUGUCGUCUACCUUGCGCAGCUGGUGGCGCAGCCCUUAAUCGCCUAUGCCCUGGUCAAACUGCCGCUUGGGAAAUUCCUCGCCGUGAUAGUCUUGCUCUGGGGUGUCGCCCUGUCAGCUAUGCCAGCAGCGCACAACUUCGCAGGCCUGCUGGUGUGUCGGUUGUUCCUUGGCCUGUUCGAGGCUGGUGUCGCUCCUGCUUUUAUCGCACUCACCCAGAUGUGGUGGCGCCGUCGAGAGCAGCCCGUCAGACUCGGAGCCUGGUAUGCGAUGAACGGCAUCACCAACAUCGUUGGCUCUCUAUUGACUUAUGGAAUUGGCCACAUCCACUCCAGCUCACUUAAACCCUACCAGAUCAUCUUUUUGUUUUUUGGCUUGAUCACCGUGGUUUUCUCCGUGGUGGUUUGGUUUUUCCUCCCAGAUUCUCCCAUCACGGCACAUUUCCUCAAGGGCGAAGACAAGUUGGUUGCCAUUGAGAGAUUGCGGGCAAACAACCAGGGUGUCGAAGGCACCGAGUGGAAGUGGGCUCACGUCAAAGAAGCAGCCCUCGACCUCAAGACGUGGCUUUGGGCGGCGAUGAUGUUUACCAUUUCUGUGCCGAGCGGUGGUGUUUCGACCUUUGGUCCCCUGAUCGUGAAGAACUUUGGCUUUGAUCAAUUUGAGACGAUUCUUCUGAACAUGCCCUUUGGCGCGGUCCAGCUGAUUGCCACCAUGGGCGGUGCAUGGGCGGCUACGGCUCUGAAGCUAAAGUCGCCGGUAUUGGCGUUCCUCAGCCUACCGCCCAUUGCGGGCUGUGUCAUGCUUCUGCAUCUUCCCCGAGACGCGUCGGCGAAGGCGCCGUUGCUGGUGGCGUACUACCUGAUAUCCGUCUACCCCGGUAUCACACCGUUGAUAUAUUCCUGGUCUGCAGCCAACACAGCUGGUGAGACAAAGAAGAAGGUCACAACGGGCGCACUCUUCAUCGCCCAAUGCGCCGGCAACGUUCUCGGACCAAACCUAUAUACCACAGGAGAAGCACCGCUCUAUCACAGAGGAUUAUUGUCAAAUCUCGCCCUCUUUGUCGUGCUCAUUGGCCUCUACGCUGCCCAGGUGUGUUUCUUGAUGUUCCUCAACAAACGGCAUAGCAAGACCCGGGAAAGUAUGGGCAAGCGAGCAGUCUUGGUUGAUAAAUCCAUGAAUCGCGUCCGGGCGGUGGGAGCGGAUGGUGCAUCCGAGGACCAGGACGAGGACUUGACCGGCCAGCAAGCAUUCCAUGACAAGACCGACUGGCAGAAUGAGGAUUUCAUUUUCGUCUACUAG